CAAUCCAAGACCAGGAAAUCGGAGACUAGUCCUAUUAUACGUGGACUUGUAUUAUUGUAUACCCACUUUGGACUAUGGCGUACGUCCCCGCCCACACGUCGUCGUCGCCAUCGCCAUCGGCGCCCCCGCUCCUGCAACUCACGCCAGAAAUUCGGCUGCUCCUUUACCGCUACUUGGGGUUGGCAUCGUGGAACGGCCGGCCGUAUAAGUUCGACUUGCGAGGCGGACGAGCCAGCUGCAGGAGGUACGCAACCUGCCCGGCCGUCCCGAUCGAUUUUCAUGGCCUUCUAAUCUCAUGCCGCACCAUCUACUCCGAGGCAGCUGCCUUGCUUUACUCGGCCAACAGCUUCGUUGUCCACAAUUAUGACCCUGCCCAGUUACCAGGGCUCCACUCCCUUUGUGCGCUCACCGAGCCGUCGCUCCGGUCGCUCUCUCAGCUCAAGAUUGUCCUUAACGAGGCGGCCUGCCACAAUAGAGUGACAAAAAACGACUGCAACGAGACUUGCUGCUGCCAGGACCGCGACGAGUACGACUGGUCGUCCUUGCUGUGGUGCCGGCAGAAGCACUGCGAUAUUCACCAGGCCCCGCUCCUAAGCGAUGGUGCCAUGUCGGCCGACGACGACGCGUGGCGGCGCGCCUGGCAUUCCGCCGCCGCCCAGCUCUUCUCUCGUGUUGCUCCCGGCCGCCUCGCCCUCUCGCUCGUGUGCGAUAUCGACCCGCAGCACCCGCUAGCGCUCGAUCUCGCCGAGUCUAUUCUCGCGCCCUUGUACCUCCUUCCUCGCUCUUACCUCUCCGAAUGCCGGAUUCGGCUGGCCAAGACGCCGAACGGGCCGCUCCAGCAGCUUGCUCGAGAUGCCGCUGUGCACGCCUGCGGGCUGCCCACCCCUGUUCCGCACGCCUCCCCAAAACCGCUCGGCGCCCCGGCCACCGCCACCCUGGCCAGCCUCCCGCGCGAGCUCCACGUCCGCAUCUUGGAGUACACCGACCUAGUCGCACCGCGGAGGCAGGUAGUAUGGAGCCGACAGGACCGUGCGUAUGUGGUGCUCCGCUUCCGGCGCGUAGCAGAGCCACCCCCGACCCCGGAUGAGGCGCACGGCGAGCAGUUCUUCGAGUGCUACCGCGAUAGACCGGAGGGCUGCUUCUGCCGGCGCCGCCACGCCGUCUUUUCGUUGCACUGCACCUGCUGGGCGCCGCCGGGGCCUGCGCUCUUCCUCGUGUGCCGCACCGUGUCCCAGGUGGCCCAGUACGUCUUCUUUUCCCGCAACCGGUUCAUCAUCCACGACUACAAGGCGUACCCGGUCUGGCGGCUGCCGUCGCUACAACUGGGGUCCUCCGCAGGCCCGGGCGAGCUGCCCGACUCCUACCCGUUCGAGAAAUUCGCCGCCUCGGAAUUCCUCCGCGACGUGGUGCCCGCGUCUGCCCUCGCCUACCUCCGCUUUCUCGAGCUGGUCUUCCCACCCUACCCCUCUACGCUCUGGCCCGGGCCGGAACACCCGGCAGCACGGGACUGGCGAGCCACAGUUGGCUGGCUCCGGGGUGGGCUCAGCCUGCCGGCGCUCACGCUGCGGGUGAUAGUCAUGGACGAGAGCAACGGGACGCCGAACCGCGCCGGCGCAGCCACGGCCGAGGAGGCAGCGGCGCUACUGAGGGCGUACGCUGAUCUCGUGCGGCCGCUCCGGGGGCUGGCGGAGCCGCCCGGCCUCGCGCGGUUCUACGCCCACUUCCGGCACCCUUGGGAAACGGCCUGGGACGACGAGCUCGAUUACCCGCCGCGGUGCGGCCCGUGGUACGACCCGUGGUUUCACAAAAGAGACCUCAAAGAACGCCUCGAGCGCUACGUCAUGGGCGCGCGGUACGAGAGCCUGUAUGCGGAUGACAGGAAGGAGCCGGCGCCCAGCGAUUGGGAUCUGAUGUACUUUGCUAAUCGCGGGUGGUGA